AUGAGCGCAAGAACAGACGAAGAGGCUGCGGAAAAUCAAGCGAGUUCCGGCGUCACCUCUGAGUCCCUCACCAAUACGCUGCGGGAGAAGCUGGGCGCUGAGCAUGUAGAUAUUCAAGAUUUAUCAGGCGGAUGCGGUCAAAUGUUCGAAGCAAUUAUCGUAUCGGCACAAUUUGCAAAGAAGACGACCUUGGCCCGACAUCGGCUCGUCAACGGCACGCUCAAGGAAGAAAUCGCGGCCAUUCAUGCCUGGACGCCGAAAUGUUUCACGCCGGAAGAAUGGGCCAAGAAACAAUCUGGUCCGUGA